GUCAACACGACGAGGUGCAAGGGGAAGUCUUGGGCCUGUCCGGGUACACUUGCUCUCCCAAAUGCGACACCAAUAGCUUCAAUUGUGUCGCGGACAUGCCCGCUGGUGCCUCGGCAACACCCCAGUGCAUGCUGCAGGACGUCGACAAGGGCGCCUUCUGUGGGCUGCUUUGUCAGGUGGAUGCUCAAUGCCCGAGCGGUUCCCAGUGCAAACAGCUCAGUCAGAUGGGUGUUGGACUUUGCAUGUAUUCGGCCUCCUUCACCGACUGGGCUCGCUCCGCUUCGACCCGGAAGCUCGCGGUGGGUUGGCCCAACAAGGGUGGCCAGCUGGCCAGCUUCGAAGUGGCCAAGACCUUCCAGGCACUACAGAAUUUGAAGUCCAAGUACAACAUCGACGACGGCGAUGUGGAUAUGCUCACUUUGAAGGAGUUGCUGAAUUCGGUGGCGCCCAGCGGCAGCACCCGGUCGCUCCCUCCUGCAGCGCCUGCAGGGAGCGCGCAAGUCUCUGCCACCCCGCAGAAUGCCCAGAGCUCGCAGGGAUGGAGCCUCUUCGGACAGACCCGUCAGGACAUGGGCAUCUGGGAGAAUGACAUCAACCGCCUUGGAUCUGAACUCAGCCAAGGCCUGCCAGGGAUCGAAAGUGAAAUCAAGCGAGAUGUCUACAUGGCUGAACAUCUCACGAACUUCGGCAGCGCUCAGGGCCUGUUGCGAGUGGUGAUCAUCUUUGCCAUCGUCUACGUGGUCGUGGGUUCCUUCAUCAAGUACCAGAUGACCGGAGCAUCAGGUAUCAAUGCCAUUCCCCACAUCGGUUUUUGGCUGGAUUACCCUCAGCUCGUGAUCGAUGGGGUGGCCUACAGCAAGCUUCUCGCAGAUGGUGCGUUGGGAAAAGCACCCAAGCAUGACUUCGAUGAUCUCACCGGAGGCCUGGAUGGAAGCAUCCGGGGCCCAACCUUGGGACGUGGUGCUGGCGCCUUCGAAGCGCUCUGAGUGAAGAAAGUGAACGGAGUGUGGCCAGCGCAGUGCAAAAGAGAUGGUUUCGAUGGUGUUGUUUGGAGAGGUGUCUUGUUUUUGGACAUGGAACAUGGAUGAACAUGGGAAGAAACAGAAGGAAUCAGUCUUGUUUGCUGAAGUGAAAUGACCUGCAAUUGAGCUGCUCUCUUUGUUAUUGUUUGUCUCUGUUACUCACUCGAUCUGCAUCGCAGCUAAUGUUUACACUGGAUACUCCGCAGCUGGUUCAAGCAACGCAGC